UGCCCAGAAAGGAAAUGCCCAAUGACUAAGCCAAGUUCAAUCAGCCCAUUUCUGAGAACAAGGGAAGUGAAACUAAACUCCUUUCAUGUCUCUUUCCUGCACUAGAAGCCAUGGCUGCUGCAAAUCCAGCAAAAACUCUCCAGGAUGAACUGACCUGUCCCAUCUGUCUGGAGUAUUUUCAAGAUCCAGUAUCUCUAAACUGUGAUCACAAUUUCUGCAGAACCUGCAUCACCCAGUGCUGGGAGAGCUUGGAUACAGAUGUCUCCUGCCCUCAGUGCAGAGAGGUCUUUCCCCAGAGGAACCUCAGACUUAACAAGAAGCUCAGGAAUGUUGCAGAAGCAGUCAGAGAAUUGAGGUUGCAGUCAGUGAAGGAACCAGAAGCAGAGACGUUGUGUGAGAAACACAAGGAGCCUUUGAAACUAUUCUGCAAAAAGGAUAAAAUCCUCAUCUGUGUCGUGUGUGACAAAUCCAAGGAGCACAGAGAUCACUCUGUGAUUCCUGCAGAGGAGGUUGCUGCUGAAGAAUUCAAGGUAAUAAAGGAUGCAGGAGGGCAGAGGGUGUGUGGGGAUCACCAGGAGCCUCUCAAGCUGUUCUGCGAGGAGGAUCAGACUCCCAUUUGCCUAGCGUGUGACAGAUACCGGGCACACAGAGAUCACACAGUCGUUCCCAUAGAGGAGGCUGCUGAGGAAUACAAGGAAAAGAUCCAGGCCCAUUUGCAGACUCUGAGGGAGGACAGAGAAAAGUUUCUGGGAUUUAAAGUGACUGGAGAGAAGAGGAGCCAGGAGUAUCUGAAACAGACACAGGCCGAGAGGCAGAAGAUUGUAUAUCAAUUUCAGCAGCUGCGACAGUUCCUGGAGGAACAAGAGCAACUCCUGCUGGCCCAGCUGGAACAGUUGGACAAGGAGAUUGUGAACAUACAGAAUGAAUAUUUCACUAAACUUUCUGAGAAGAUUUCCCAUCUCAGUGAGCUGAUCAGUGAGAUGGAGGGGAAGUGUCAGGAGUCAGCGAGUGAAUUCCUGCAGGACAUUGGAAGCACCUUGAGCAGGUGUGAGAAGGGGAAGCUCCAGAAGUCAGUGGAGAUUUCUCCUGAACUAGAAAAGGGGCUCAGCAAUUUCUCCCAGAAAUAUAUUGCUCUUAGGGAGACUCUGAGGAUGUUCAAAGCCACUCUGCCAUCUGAACUGGAGACAAAAAGAGAGAAAUCCCUAGGAUCACGCAGACUGGCAAAUGUGACUCUGGAUCCAGACACAGCUCAUCCCCGACUGAUCCUGUCUGAGGAUCAGAAAAGUGUGAGCUAUAGUUACACCCGGCAGGAUCUGCCCAACAACCCUGAGAGAUUUGAUACUAGAGUCUGUGUGCUGGGCUGUGAAGGAUUCACAUCGGGGAGACAUUACUGGGAAGUGGAGGUGAAGGAUGAGGGAACUUGGGCUGUGGGGGUGGCCAGAGAGUCUGUGUGGAGGAAGGGAGGGAGAACCCGUAACCCUGAGGACAGGAUCUGGGCUGUGGAUUGGUAUAUGAAUACGUUCUGUGCUGUCUCCUCCUCUGAGACGCCUCUGUCCCUGAGUCGUGAUCUCAGGUUUAUCCGGGUUUCUGUGGACUAUGAACAGGGUCAAGUGAUAUUUGCCAAUGCUGAUAAUGAUGACCCAAUCUUCACUUUCCCACCAGCCUCUUUCGAUGGGGAGAGAAUCUAUCCCUGGUUCCGGGUGGGGCAGCGAUCCCAGUUCAGCCUGUGUCACUGAGACAUGGUGGGAGCAUACUGCACUGAAAUCAGCCUCUCCAGAAUCAGACACACCAAUCUCUAGUACUCUUGUAUUCCUGCAGACUUUCUAUCAUGUAGUCUCCAUGACCCCAGAAGUUCCAUGGGGUCUGGACUGUCAAACCAUAGAAAGCAGGGAGUGAUUGAGAUGGAGAAGCCAAUCUCAUUGCCCCAGGAUUGUGCAGCCUGUUUGACACUGUCCUCUAUGGUCAAGAGGACUGUGUGGAUCCUGGGUCAGACAUCGGGGAAAUAGC